CUCCUGAAACAGCUCUACCAGAGACUGCCAGAUAUACAUGCUCGAAUACAAAACAAAAACCAAAACCUAAAAUUAGCAAUCCAUCAAUCAAUUUCUUGGAUGCGACGCCCUUUGAACAAGAUAAUGAAAACGUUAUUUCAAAGUUAUUUCAGCGCGUAAGGAGUUCAUUUAGUACUUCAAGUACAACUUCGAGUACUUCAUCAAUUUCUAUCCAGGCACCUUCAAAUGCUACCAAUUCCUCUGAGACUUUAAUAGAAAAUGGUUCACUUAAUUCUCCUCCUCAAACGCCCGAUUUUAAACCUUUAAAUCCUAAGGAACCAAUUCUUUUACCCGAUAAAGAAAAUAAAGGUUUUGUACAUGGUAUUAAACCUGCUCCUCCAGUUGUUUCUUUGGAGCCAGCUUUUGGUAAUACCCCGACAGUCAUAAUAGAACCUGAUACCAGCGGUCAAGAGCACACAAAUAUUAACGGUAAUGGAAAUAAUAAUAUAAUUAUCGGGAAUGGUAUCAGUUCUCAACAAAAUCAAGUAUAUGAUCCUGGACAUUCGUUUCAACUUCAUGCAUUCAAGUCAAAAGAUGUCUCAGAUACGAGAUCAAUUCGUUCGGUGCAAACGACUUCAUCCGUAGGAAAUAGUUACUCAAUUAGUAAGGUUAUUAGAAGGUUGCGUGGUGAAGGAGUUAAUAAAGAUUAUUGGAUGGCCGACGAUACUUGUAGAGAAUGUUAUGAUUGUAAAUCGACAUUUACAUUGGUUCGAAGAAAGCAUCAUUGCCGUAUUUGUGGACAAAUUUUUUGUUCAAGAUGUGCAUCAAAUUCGAUUUCUGGUAGAAAUUUUAAUCAUGAGGGUUUAAUGCGUGUUUGCAAUUUCUGUCUAAAAUUAAUGAAAGAAUAUGGUGAAGAUUUUAGUGUAGAUAAUGAACAAGGGAUGACGGAGAAAAGUGAAUUUAAUAAUCCUGUUUCUCAAAGAUCCGUUUUACCAGAUAGUCAUGGUACAAAUUUAGCCACUCCAGAAAUUCAAUACACUCUUUCUGGCCAAAAUUCUUACGCACCUCCACCUCGUGCUCCCUCCCCAGAUACACUUUCAAUAAAUAUAAAUGAUGGUAUAAGUAUAAAAAAGAUGUUUUCCGUUGCUAGUUCUUCGUUAUUCAUGACAAGGUCAAGGUCAAAUACUAUAACAGAAGACGUUUGCGCAGCAUUAUCAUCAUCUCCUGCUCCUUUUAGACGGGGAAUUACCGAGGAAGACAAAGUUUUGCCGGCGGUAAAUCCUGAGGCUAUUCUGGAUCCAGAUAUCGCUGCUUAUAUGAGCAAUGAAGAAGAUGAUGGACAUUAUGACCUUUUGACUAGUUCAUCAAAUGUCUUGACAUUUCUAUCUGCAAAUGCACAUGCAAAUGGCGAAUCAGCUACUCCGACGCCAGCAGUAUCAGAAUAUGCUGGUAGUGAUGAUGAAAUAUGGGAGUACAACGUAAAAACUUCUCACGUGCUUAAAGCGUUUCAAAAAGGACAAAGGACAGAAGAUAUUCGCAAUCAUUUUCAGAUAAGAGAUAAGAGUUCAUCAUCAAGACGAAGAAGCUUUACAAAUGGUAGACCAUCUCGACUCAGCCGAAGAGGUGGUGGAUUUCUUAGACAAAUAAACACAAAUAUUAUGCAGCCGAUGGAUAUUUCAAUGAUUUCUUCUCCAAUAGAAAGGCCUUCAUCACCAUUGAAUUCGCGUCAUGUUAGGUCAUCAUCUGCUAUAAAACCGGUAAUUAAUCCGGCUUCACUCGAUCAUAUGAGAAGAUUAUUACGUCAAUUUCUCUUGGAAUCUAAAAUUAAUUUAUCAGAUGGUUGGGAAGAUGUCAUAAUGAAAUUAAUGAUGAAAGUUUCCGAUAACUUAAACCCAAAUGUUCGUAAUGGCGAUGAAAUCGAUAUUCGUCAUUAUGUAAAGAUUAAAAAAAUACCCGGAGGGAUUCCUCAAGAUUCAGAAUAUGUACAUGGUGUUGUAUGUACAAAAAAUCUAGCGCACAAAAAGAUGCCACGAACACUCCAUAACCCUCGCGUACUUAUAUUAACAUUUGCAUUAGAAUAUCAUAGAGUUGAAAAUCAAUUGAUGUCAUUACAGCCAGUAAUGGCUCAAGAAGAAGAACAUUUGAAAAACUUGGUAGCUCGUAUUGUUGCAUUACGACCACAUUUAGUUUUAGUUGAAAAAACGGUUGCAAGAUUGGCAUUACAAUUUUUAUUAGAAAAAAAUGUAACUGUUGCUCUUAAUGUUAAACCCUCAGUCAUUGAAGCAGUUGCACGCUGUACAAGAGCUGAUAUUAUUCCUUCGAUUGAUAAGUUAGCAUUAGAACCUAGGUUAGGAAAAUGUGGUACUUUCUCUGUGAAAACUUUUGUCCAUCAACUUAUUCCGAGUAGAAGAAGAACGUAUCUGGUUUUCGAAAAUUGUCCACGUGAACUUGGAUGUACUAUCGCUUUAAGGGGUGGUGAUAUAUGUACUCUUGAGAAAAUAAAGCGUAUAACAGAUCUAAUGGUAUUCGUUGUAUACAAUCUAAAGUUGGAGACAGCUCUUUUAACAAAUCAGUUCGCAAAAACUCCUUCUGUAAUACCAGAAGGUAAAGUAAUGGAUUGCGAAACGGAUCACGAAAUUAUGACUGGAAAUACACAGACAACAGAUAAUAUUAUGCGGCCUUAUGAGGACACCAUAUUGUCUGUAUCACCUUUUAUUAAGUUUCCAGCUCCAUAUCUACUUAUAAGAAUGAAAGAAGCAGAACGUAAUCUUACAGAAUUAUCACAAAAGCGAACAGGAUGGCCUUCUGGGAUAUUUAAAGACGGAGAGAAACCACUUUCGUCAUCAUCUACAGUUGGUGGUCUGUCAGGCAUCUUGCGUACUCCUGAACAAGUUUGUGCUGAAGGAGAACUUGCCGAAGCCUUUAAUGAACAUAUGGCUCAGAUGCGUGCGUGGGAGAAUUAUUUAUAUAAUAAACUUGUUAGUCCAUAUGCUCAUCAGAACAUUACCGUAUUAUCCUCAAAAUUUUGCACGGUGACUGGAACACCGUGUAUUGGUCCAGAAACAUUGGUAAUGGAAUACUACAGAGAAUCUGAUCGAACAUUAGGGCAAUAUCUUGAGGAAAUGUGUUCAAGGUCAACUUAUCUCUGCCGUACAUGCGAUAGGCCAUUGAUAAUGCAUUAUCAUAGUUUUUGUCAUGGUAAUGCACGUAUUACUAUCGUAAUUGAGGAGUAUCCUUGCCCAGUUCCUAACAUGGAAAAUAAAAUUUUCAUGUGGAGUUAUUGCAAAAAAUGUGAGAAAGCAACGCAAGUUAAUCAGAUGUCCGAAGAUACUUGGAAAUAUUCUUUUGGUAAAUAUUUGGAAUUAUCCUUUUAUCAAACCGAAUCGAAGAGUAUAAUGGAAAAUUGUCCACAUUCCAUUUUUCAAGAUCAUAUUUGGUAUUUCGGACUUAAUAAUUUAGCAGUUAAGUUUGAAUAUGAGCCAAUAGAACUUUUAGAAGUACAUGUUCCUCCUAUGCAGCUUUAUACUAAGCCUGAAAUUCAUAUAAAAUUGAAGAAUCAGGAUCUUGAUACAAUUCGCCAUAAAAUCACAAAUUAUUGGGAUUCUGUUUCAGAUCGUAUUAAAAGUUUUAAUUAUGAUAUUGUUCAAUCAGAUAAAGUUGAAGGAUGCAAGCAAGAGUUACUUGAGAUGUCUCGUAGAGUAGUUACGGAAAAGAAAUAUAUGCUUCAGAAACUUCAACAAACAUAUGUGAAUAGCACACCCGAAGAUACUUUAGAAUUAAAUAAUGUAAUGUAUGUGUUGCAAGAGAAAGUUUUGGUUUGGGAUAAGGAUUUUAAUGAUAUUGCUAGACAAUACUUCCCUCGUUUAACCGCAAGACAACUAAAACGACUCUUUGUAGACAAGCAUGAUGUAAUAACUUUGGGAAGAGGUUAUUCUGGAUCACUUUUGAAUGAUUUACCUCUAAUUAAUAUGGACCUUGAUGAUGGUUCAAAUACUGUGAGGAUAGAAGAUGAAGUUUUUGGUCCAACUAUAUUUCCUAAAUUAAGCAGUUCUCCAACCGCUGACGCUAUACUUAAUGAAUUAAAAGACAUUGAAUUUUAUCAUGAUGGCGAAAUCGAAAGCUUAGAAAAAGACAUUGAAAAUGUUAAUUCACAAAUGUCAUUGUUCCCUUUUGUGGAUCCUAAGGUUUCAAGGAGGUUAUCAAUGAAAUGGAUGAAAGAAUCAAAAGCAGGACAAAGACCAACCAGAACAACUUCUGAAGCUAUUUUUACGACUAUAAUAGAUAAACAAGAUUCUAAUUCUGACCUUACAGCAGAACCGGCGGAAAUACCGCGUUUAUUACCAUCAACUAUUAAACAUAAAUCAGAUCACUUACCUUCUUCAUAUGGAUUUCCUUCGUUUGAAAAUGUUGCUGAAACCGAAACUCUAAAUAAUUACCGUUCACUUACUCAACCAAGUUCAUUAAAAUGUAAUCCAUCAACAACAUCCCGUAUAAAUUUAAUGCCAUCUGUAUUAGAAAAAGAAAAGGAUAAAUCCGAAGUUCCUCCAACGAGAAGGACACAAUUAAGGAGAAAUCAAAAUUCCCUGGCCGAUAAGUCAAAUAUCUCACGUAUAGCUAGAAAAAAUUUUAUUUCACCAUCUCAAAAAACGGCUCCGACUGAGUGUAUUAAUAGCGUUAUUAGGAAUCGUAAAUUCUCUGCUCUCCAUAAAUCAAAACGCAGACCUGCAAUUUUUUCAACAAAACCUACAAUCGAGGUUUUCCGUAAUGUUAGUGCAGCCACGGCAGAGGAAUCUGAUGAGUUUGAAGAAGGGGAAGAAGGUGAUUAUAACAAGGAAAAUGAAGAAAUGCGGUUUUUUUUAAAUAGUACGGACGAAUUUGACGAAUCGCUGGGAAAUGAAGAAUUUUUCCCGAUGUCGGGUCGUGAACCAUCAAAUGAGUCGUAUAUUUAUCAUUCAGCAUCUGCAUUUUUGGGUCCGGACUUUAAUGAACCUACACCUGCCGCGGAUAAUUUUUUAAAUAGUGGAAGACUUUUGAUUGACUCGAAUGAUCAAACUGUUGGAGUGAUGCCUUUAGUGAGGACAAUUGCAAACUUUUGGACGGAUAAGAAGAACUAUAAACCCUUGGAUUAUCCCUUAAGUCCAACGGAACAUGUAUUUCCUGAUUCUUCGAUCAUCGUGAGAGAAGAUGAACCUAGUUCGAUAAUUGCCUUUGCAUUAAGCUCUCAAGAGUACCUUGAAAAAUUAAAAACUAUGCAACAAUCAAACCAUAAUAGUGAAGUUGCAUUUAUGCCGGAAGGGGGAACCGUUAAAAGCUCCAAUUGGACUAUUUUGGAUGCUGAAGAAAGUGGUGAUGUCGAAGAUGGUCUUAUUUCACACAUGAAGUAUCAAUUUUCAGGUGGAUCAACACAAUUUUUCUGUAAGAUCUUUUGUGCGGAACAAUUCGAUAACCUCAGACGUAAAUGUGGUUGUGAAAGUACUUAUAUACAAUCAUUGGCACGAUGUGUGAAAUGGGAUUCAUCUGGGGGUAAAUCUGGAUCAGCUUUCCUUAAAACGCGAGAUGAUCGAUUGGUUAUGAAACAAAUGUCUCGCAAUGAAGUAGAAGCGUUCUCGAAAUUCGCUCCAAAAUAUUUCGAGUAUAUGUCAGACGCUUUAGUUCAUUUACCAACGGUAUUGGCAAAGAUAUUUGGUUUUUACCGUAUCGGAUUCAGAAAUGAUCAUUCAGGAAAAAAUAUGAAAAUAGAUGUUAUUGUAAUGGAGAAUCUCUUCUAUGAACGCAAAGUAUCAAAGAUCUUUGAUUUGAAAGGUUCUAUGCGUAAUCGGCAUGUUCAAAGCACCGGAAGACAAAACGAAGUCUUAUUGGAUGAGAAUUUACUUGAAUUAAUCAUGAAUGAAAAACCUCUUUAUUUACGGGAACAUUCCAAAAAGCUCUUGCAUGAAUCAUUAUUUAAUGAUACACUUUUCUUGGCUAGACAUAAUGUUAUGGACUAUUCUUUAUUGGUAGGAUUUGAUGAAGAGAAACAUGAAUUGGUUGUUGGCAUAGUUGAUAUUAUUCGAACAUUUACGUGGGAUAAAAAAUUAGAAAGUUGGGUGAAGGAAUCUGGCUUUUUGGGUGGUGGUGGCAAAGAACCUACAAUUGUAUCACCACGCCAAUAUAAAAAUAGAUUUAGAGAAGCUAUGGACAGGUAUUUCCUUAUGGUACCUGAUAGGUGGAUCUCCUACCAAUCACUUAAAAAAGCUGGGGUUAUUCUUUAA